UUUUUCAAUGGGUUCAGUUUAUAAGUAAAGAAUACCGGAAACGGUUAAAAACAAAACUAAUUUAUUAUUUCGCUUUUUAAGAAGAAUAAAUGACAUUUAAAGAUAAUGUUGAUACUGGUCAAAGACCGAAUCGAACAACACCGACUAAAAAUGUGGUUGGGAUUAGUUUUGUUGUUCGUUUUGGGGUUGACUUGCGUUGGAGCUCGGGGCCCUCAUCAUCCAAGUGGAAAGGUCGCCCAACAUCACGUUCAUUAUAAACCGUCGAAAAUUAAUGGAGAGUCCAAGUUUAAUCAAGAUGAACAAUUAUUACAUGACACUGAACAUUUACAAGAACAUUUAGGCGAAAUGAAUCAAGAAAUUGAUUUAUCUAAGCUAUCUAAGGAAGAAUUAGAGUUUUAUUAUUUUCAAUUACACGAUGCCGACCAUAAUUCUAAGCUAGACGGCCUAGAAAUUCUUCAAGCCAUCAUGCAUACCACCCAUAGUCUUGAGGAAAAUGAAAAUUCAACAGCGAGUCAAGCUAAUGAUAUCGCUUAUUAUAUUGAAUUAAUUGAUAAAGCGUUAGAAGAAGAUGAUGUCGAUAAAGAUGGGUUUUUAAACUACCCCGAAUUUAUAUCAGGUGGUAGAAAACCAAGUAUACAACCCCAAGUAAAAAUGGUUUAAAAAUAAAAACAUUUAUUCCAACAAAAAUCUAUUCUAGACAACAUCUAUUUAAAAAAAAAUUCUAUUUAAUAUUUUUAUCGCAGGAAAAUCGAUUACAAUCACCACCAGAUAUUCCGUACCCUGCGGCUUGUCUUAACUCAUUCAAAGACAUUUUAUACACAUGAUUUUCUUCCGUUACAAACAUCUUGGAUAAUUUUAAAAGCGUUUCUCCUGCUGUUAUAUAUCUUCGAGCUUGUUGUGGUUCGUUACAAGCCACGAAACGCAAACAUUCAUUUUCACCGGGUUCACCUUCAAAAGGUUGAUACGUAAAUAAAAUUUAAAUAAAAAAUAUGUAUAAAUAUAAAUUUAUUAUAAAAACAUCUCAAAUCAAAUCUUUUUUGUUUAUUUUUCGAUGUAUACUUAAUAUUUUGAGUAUUAUUACUUUUGGUAAUAAUUGUGUACAAUUCAUAGUGAAGAAUAAUAGCGAAUAGGAUUUUUAUCAGUUGUUGUACAAAAGUCGGUGGGAUAAGAAUAUGAAGUUAAAUCCGGAACCAGAUAUACUAUCAGGGGAAGGAUCUUAAGAAAUGGCAGAUAUUUCGCUGGAGGAGAUUGAAUUUGCUCUAAGAAAGACUAGAAGUAAUAGAGUACAAGGAGAAGAUUCUGUGGCUACUGACGCAAUAUAGAUGGUUGCUCCAGAAAAUAAGGGUCCUAUUUAAUCUCUGUCUAUUUAACAGCACAAUACCGAGUAAAUAUCUAAAUACUGUCUCACAAAAAAGGAGAAACAGCCGACUUCGAUAACUAUAGACCAAUAAGCCUUCUGAAUCCACCAGACUUGAAGAUUAACUAGAAUACUACCUAAGCUAUUUAUCACAGUCCUGAAAUAAGUAUUCAAAAAGCUGGACUGUGAGAAUAAAGGCAUAAACAUUAACGGUCGAAGACUAACAAUUUCACAUUUUGUGGAUGACAUUGUGUGAUAAUUUCGGCGAGAUUAAACUGAUGCUGCGUGAGCUGAAGGAAGUAUGUGCAUCGGUUGGUCUGGAAAUCAAUAUCUCUAAAACAGAAUUUAUGGCCAAUCUGGUUCUCAGCCAAAACAUUGUAAUGGAAGGAAAGGAAAUUGAACUAGUGGAUAUGUACACCUAGCUUGGUCAUGAAAUUAAAAUCACAAGAGACAACCAAACCUGCGAACCAAGGAGGAGAAUAAUCCUCUCAUGGGCAGCAUAUGGUAACCUCAGAGAUGUGUUUAAGAGCAACCUAUAUGACCUAUAUGGCAAUAUGUCUAAAAAAAACUUUGAUGGAAAGAUAGAAAUGAGGACUUGCGCCGAAGAACAGGCGUUUCUCGCAUCGCCAGACUCAAAUGGAGCUGUGCUGGAUAUGUAGCCUGAAGGACAGAUGAAAAAUGGACGAAAUGGCUGUUGGAAUGAAGACCUCGAGCUUCUAAUAACUGGAUUAAAGCAGCACAAGACAUGAAAAAAUGGGAGGAAUUAGGGAAGGUCUAUCUCCAACAGUGGACACAGAGGGCUGAGUGAUGACAUGCUCAUUUAAAUGUACAUAAAAUAAAUGGCCGAUCAGAUCAUGAAAAAGUUUCUGAGAUUUCUCUUAAUUGGCAUUCGAAUCAAAAAAAUCGAUUUUUGCAGAUAUCGGCAUGAAAUUGUCAACAAUUAUAAAGAAUAAUAUGACUCUUUUGAUGGCGAAACCCGCUUAUGAAAUAUCAUUUUAGUUCUUGAGAUAAACGAUUUUAAACUC